AUGCUCUUCAAGAACCUGAGGGAGUACCUGGCCUGGCUGUACUACCAGUACCUGCUCAUCACCGGCAUCUAUGUCCUGGAGCCCUGGGAAAAGUCCAUUUUCAACUCCAUCCUCUUCUCCGCCAUCGCCAUGGUCAUCUACACCUCGUACGUCUUUGUGCCCAUCCACGCGCGCCUGGCACUGGAGUUCUUCUCCGGGAUCGUCGGCGGCCAGACCAAGAGCACCAUGACGCUCAUGAACUAAAAGAGGGAGGGGGGGGAGAGGCAGCGACUGGGUGGAUUGGCACGAUACCCUGAAUCAUUUUCCUGUAACUGGGCAACUUGAGCCCCUCCUCACACCUUCACCUUCAUCCAGAAACAGCAGCUCAUCGAGACUGAAAACAUACGAAGAUCUGAACGGAAUUAUCUGGAAAGCAGAGCCUUACCAUCUUCUUUACA